AUGGCCAACAUGAUCAUGGCCUCCUCCAAAGUACCCAUUUCUUCCCCUUCCCCGUCUCCCAUUUCGAAGCCCAGAAUCCCAAUCCAAAUCUCCAUCCCCAAAAUCCCAACCCUCCCAAAACUCUCCAAGUCCCAAAUUAUCUCCCUCUCGUCGUCCCUCUCCGUUAUCGCAGCCACCUCCCUCUCCUGGGCCCCGCCCUCAUUGGCGGAGGAGAUAGAGAAGGCAGCCCUCUUCGAUUUCGACCUCACCCUCCCCAUUCAAAUGGUGCAGUUCCUGCUCCUCAUGGUGGCCUUGGACAAGCUCUACUACAGCCCGCUCGGGAAAUUCAUGGACGAGAGAGACGCGGCGAUCAGAGAGAAGCUGGGCAGCGUGAAGGACACUUCGGAGGAGGUGAAGCAGCUUGAGCAGCAAGGCAUCGCCAUCAUGAGAGCUGCGAGGGCUGAGAUAUCGGCGGCGCUGACCAAGAUGAAGAAGGAGACGCAGGGGGAGGUGGAGCAGAAAUUGUCGGAGGGGAGGAAGAAGGUGGAGGCUGAGUUGCAGGAGGCUUUGACCAAGUUGGAGGAGCAGAAGGAGGAGACCAUUAAGGCCCUUGACUCUCAGAUUGCCAAUCUCAGUGACCAGAUUGUCAAGAAGGUCCUUCCUCUCUGA